AUGGACAUUGUCUUGAUCUUCUCUGGUCUUUUCUCGGCUGUCAGCACGGGUUUCAUCGUCGCGAUGGAGUCCAAUCUCAGUCCCGACCCCAGCGACACUACGAAUUAUCUUUUGAAGCAACUCGUGCAGAUCGGACUCGGCAACCUCGCUGAGGCAGGCACCGCUCCCGCAGACCCAGCAUCUACGUGGUCGCCAUCUGCGUCUGCUGUGAGGAUCCAGUUGGUCGCAUACGCAAGCUUGUCCAUGAGCUUGCUCGCUGCAUUCGGGGCCGUACUAGGCAAGCAGUGG